GCCGCCCGCGGCCGCCCCCCGCCUCUCUCGCCGCGCAGCGCGGGUGCCCCCGGCGGCAGCCCCCGGGCUACCCCGCGGCCUGCGCUCCCGCCGGGGCUCUCCCGGGGCGUGCCCUGCCGCCCCAAGCCCGGCCCCCUGCGCGCGUCCUGCCGGGCCGGGCUCGGCCCCGCCGCCGCUCGCCCGGGCCUGCCCCGCGGGGAUGCGGCCGCCCCGCUCCCCUCCUCCUCGCCUCUGCUGCCUGCCGUGCCGGAACCGGCCCCCCGGAGCGCGGCCCGGGCCUCGCACCCCAGCCCCGGCAGCGGGCUCCGCCUGAGGCGGGCGGCGGGACGGCCACCUGCGCCGGCACGGCGGCUCCAGCGUUGUGGCUUCGACGCCAGCAUGGCUGCCCCGGCCCGGCCGGGCUGGCUCAGCGUGCGGCGGAGCUAGCGGCGGGGCGGCCGGCCCCGGGCUUGCGAUGCAAGCGGGCGAGGCUUGAGGCCCCCCGGCCCCUUCCCUCGCCCCCGGCGGCGUGUGGAGCCUGCCCGGACCCCAGAGCCUCGCCUUCCGAGCUGCCAUGGUUCCGCUGUGCUUCGUCCUGCUGGACCGCAGCCGUACUUGAAGCCAAAUACGUGGCUCUUUGGCCUUUGCUAACCCAAUGCUAUGCAAAAGAAAAGGAGGAAAAAAAAGAGGAAACCUUGACCCUGGUCGCGGUGGGAAUGGCUGUUCCCUGCCCGGGGUGAGCCCACGUGUGGUUUCUUGCAGGUGAGACGAACUAAUUCUCCUUCACCCGGUGGAAGACAAACUGCGUGUGGCAGCCUGGGACUUGGGUAGCGCUUGGUCGUUACUGAGCGGUUGGGACUUUUACUCGUUUUGGGUUUAUUUUAUUGCCUAAAGUCACCCGAGGAGCCUCGUCGCCGUCGUCAGGAGUGUCGGAGGAACCUGUGCUUGUCUUAAUUCUUCACCUCAAGUGACUUUAUCUCGCAGCAGCCUUGCCCGCCUGAAGGACGUGCUCCUCCAAAGCUCCUGCUCAGCCUGGAAGAUCAGGGACCACAGGCUUCAUCCGACACUUCUCGUCCUGGGAAAGGCUGCCCAGAGUUGCUUUAUGGGGCAGCAGCCUGGAAAAGUUCUUGGGGACCAAAGGAGGCCAAGUCUGCCUGCCCUGCACUUCAUCAAGGGAGCAGGGAAGAAGGAGUCAUCGAGGCAUGGAGGCCCGCACUGCAAUGUCUUCGUGGAGCACGAAGCCCUUCAGAGACCUGUGGUGUCCGACUUCGAGCCCCAGGGUCUGAGCGAGGCAGCUCGCUGGAACUCCAAGGAGAACCUCCUGUCCUGCCCCAGUGAAAAUGAUCCCCACCUCUUUGUUGCACUCUAUGACUUCGUGGCGAGUGGGGACAACACUCUCAGCAUAACUAAAGGUGAGAAGCUGCGCGUGCUGGGCUACAACCACAACGGGGAGUGGUGCGAGGCCCAGACCAAGAACGGGCAGGGCUGGGUGCCCAGCAACUACAUCACCCCUGUGAACAGCUUGGAGAAGCACUCCUGGUACCACGGCCCGGUGUCGCGGAACGCCGCCGAGUACCUGCUGAGCAGCGGCAUCAACGGCAGCUUCCUGGUGCGCGAGAGCGAGAGCAGCCCCGGCCAGAGGUCCAUCUCCCUGCGCUACGAGGGCAGGGUCUACCACUACAGGAUCAACACUGCCUCUGAUGGGAAGCUGUACGUCUCCUCGGAGAGCCGCUUCAACACCCUGGCAGAGCUGGUGCACCACCACUCCACGGUGGCCGACGGGCUGAUCACCACCCUGCACUACCCCGCGCCCAAGCGCAACAAGCCGACCAUCUACGGCGUCUCCCCCAACUACGACAAGUGGGAGAUCGAGCGCACAGACAUCACCAUGAAGCACAAGCUGGGCGGGGGGCAGUACGGGGAGGUGUACGAAGGGGUCUGGAAGAAGUACAACCUCACCGUGGCCGUCAAGACUCUCAAGGAGGACACCAUGGAGGUGGAAGAGUUCUUGAAGGAAGCUGCAGUAAUGAAGGAGAUCAAGCAUCCCAACUUGGUGCAGUUAUUAGGGGUGUGCACCCGGGAGCCUCCCUUCUACAUCAUCACCGAGUUCAUGACCUACGGGAACCUGCUGGACUACCUGCGGGAGUGCAACCGGCAGGAGGUGAACGCCGUGGUGCUGCUCUACAUGGCCACACAGAUCUCCUCAGCCAUGGAGUACCUGGAGAAGAAGAACUUCAUUCACAGGGACCUUGCUGCCAGGAACUGCCUGGUGGGGGAGAACCACUUGGUGAAGGUGGCAGAUUUUGGCCUGAGCAGGCUGAUGACAGGGGACACCUACACUGCCCACGCCGGAGCCAAGUUCCCCAUCAAGUGGACAGCACCAGAGAGCUUGGCCUACAACAAGUUCUCCAUCAAAUCUGAUGUCUGGGCCUUCGGUGUUCUGCUGUGGGAAAUUGCCACCUAUGGGAUGUCUCCGUACCCUGGGAUUGACCUGUCUCAAGUCUAUGAGCUGCUGGAGAAAGACUACCGGAUGGAGCGUCCUGAAGGCUGCCCAGAGAAGGUUUAUGAGCUGAUGAGAGCCUGCUGGCAGUGGAGCCCCUCUGACAGACCUUCCUUUGCUGAGAUCCAUCAGGCCUUUGAAACCAUGUUUCAGGAGUCCAGCAUUUCAGAUGAGGUGGAGAAGGAGCUGGGGAAGAAGGGCAUGAGGAGUGUGAUGAGCAAUUUCCUGCAGGCCCCAGAGCUGCCAACCAAAACACGAACCACCAGGAGAGCUGCUGAGAGCAAAGACACCAACGAGGGCCUGGAGGCUGCACAUGCUCGAGGCCAGGGGGAGUGUGACCCCCUGGACCCCGAGCCUGCCAUCUCCCCCCUGCUGCCCCGGAAGGAGAGGGCGGCCCUGGAGAGCAGCUUGAACGAGGAUGAGAGGCUGCUCCCCAAGGACAAGAAGCACAACCUCUUCAGUGCCCUCAUCAAGAAGAAGAAGAAGACAGCCCCCACGCCCCCCAAGCGCAGCAGCUCCUUCAGGGAGAUGGACGGGCACCCGGAGCGCCGGGCGGGCGCCGAGGAGGAGGGCAGGGAGCCCGGCCCCGGGGCCGGCCCCGCGCCCCCCGCCGACCCGGGGGACCCCUCCAAGUUCCAGAGCCCCAGCAACGGGGCCGGGGUGACCAACGGGGUGGUGCCGGGGGGCUCCGGGCUCCUGUCCCCCCACCUGCGGAAGAAGUCCAGCACCAUGAGCGGCAGCCGAGGGGCGGCCGCCGAAGAGGAGCCCGGCUCCAACUCCAGCAAGCGCUUCCUGAGGUCCUGCUCGGCCUCCUGCGUGCCCCACGGGGCCAAGGACACCGAGUGGAAGUCGGUCACCCUGCCUCGGGACCUGCAGUCCACCGGGCGCCAGUUCGACUCCUCCACCUUCGGGGGGCACCGGAGCGAGAAGCCGGCGCUGCCGCGCAAGCGAGCCGGCGAGGCCAAGGCCGACCUGGCUGCCCGCGGCACGGUCACCCCUCCCCCGCGGCUGCUCAAGAGGGGCGAGGAGCCCACCGACGAGGUCUUCAAGGACGCCGAGUCCAGCCCCGGCUCCAGCCCUCCCACCCUGACGCCCAAACUGGGCCGCAGGCAGCCCGCGGCCCCCCCUCCCUCCGGCGCGCUCCACAAGGACGACGGAGUCAAAGCCAGUGCCUUAGGUACCGCCGUGCCGACGGAGCAAGGCUCUGCCGCCAAGCCCAGCCCCCCCGGCUUCGUGGGUGCCAGCAAGGCCACUGCUGAGGAGCCCAGGCUGAGGAGGCUGAAGCAGAGCUCGGAGCCGGCAGGGAAGGACAAAGGGAAGCUGUCGAAGCUGAAGCCGGCCCCCCCGCUCCCCCUGUCCUCAUCCUCCACCGGCAAGCCCGGGAAGGUUUCCCACAGCCCCGGCCACGAAGCAGCGGCAGCAGAUGUGGUGUCUGGGCCCAAGUCCAAACAGCCGACUCAGGUUGGAGAGGCUGCGAGCAGCGAUGCCGUCAAGCCCAACCCCUCGGGGGAAGGUGUGAAGAAGCUGGGGGUCCCCUCUGCACCAAAGCCACAGGCCUCUGCCAAGCUGCUGCUCGGCACGGCCGCCCCAGCUGCCUCCUCCUCCUCCCUGCCCUCGGCCCCAGGCGGGGAGCAGCCGUCCUCCACAGCCUUCAUCCCCCUCAUCUCCACCAGAGUGUCCCUGCGGAAGACUCGGCAGCCCCCGGAGCGCAUCGCCAGCGGCACCAUCACCAAGGGAGUGGUGCUGGAGAGCACCGAGGCGCUGCGGGUCGCCAUCAGCAAGAACUCGGAGCAAAUGGCCAGCCACAGCGCCGUGCUGGAGGCUGGCAAGAACCUCUACACCUUCUGUGUCAGCUACGUGGACUCCAUCCAGCAGAUGAGGAACAAAUUCGCCUUCCGGGAGGCCAUCAACAAGCUGGAGAACAACCUGCGGGAGCUGCAGAUCUGCCCGGCCAGCGCCGGCGCCGGCCCCGCCGCCACCCAGGACUUUAGCAAACUCCUCAGCUCGGUGAAAGAAAUCAGCGACAUUGUCCAGAGGUAGCAGAAGCCAGGCUGGGAAACAAAGGACGAGAAAUCCGAUCCCGACCGGCCGGAGCCAACUGUGGAGGGAGUGGACUGAGAGGAGCCCCCCGGGGGGGGACGUUCAGCCGAGGGCUGUGCGGAAGCCGCAGACUGCCAAGGGCCACCCCGGCUCCCAGGGGCAGGGGCUGGCUUCAAGAGGCGCUUCCCACCCUCCCGACUCAGCCUCCCUGUGUUUCGUACCCCCUGUAAUCAUCUUAAUCUGUGGAGUCCUUUGCCUUGUGGACUACCGAGUCUGAGUGCUGAUGCCACCCCCAUGCCUUUUGAUUCGUGUUGUGUGGUUCUGGGCAGAGCCUUAAGACUGAAGCCAGAGCGAUGGACACGGAGAUGCCAUCCUCCUCGGGAGGACUCUGCUGCAUUGUCACCCCCUCCCCCCCUCCCUCUGCCCCACUCUACCUGAGGAUGAGCCUUGAAUAGCAAUACCCCAACCCCACCUGCCUUGGGAGGGCUGCAGCACAGCUCCCUGCCCCGAGGCUGGCACUUAGCUGACAGCAAAGCCACAGAUUUGGUGCUUGGGAGGG